UGUCGGUGCAUAAUUUCUUUGCUUCCCGGUCGUUUUACCUAUCGUAGAAGGUCACAAGCGCGUAAAUGCUAUAAAGUGACUGGCCUGUAAGCAUGAGCGAGCCGCCACAGAAGCGCAAGCGGCAUUCUUUCGGCGGAGACCAGAGGCUUUUGCCUCGCGUCCGACAAGUUCUGAGCGAAAACGACGACCUGCAUGCCGAGAGCAUCGUAGCCAGGCUACAGCGACGGCAUCCCGAGUACCGACGCAAGAAGAGGAAAGCUCUGCUGUACUCCGUGACCAAUGCGCUGGAGGUAAUCAUUCAGGAAGACCCGCAACCGGGUACGGACACGGUGGGGCAAGAAGAUCUCGACGGCAGUAGCGUCACCGACGAAGACGUCGUGCCGUAUCCCGAUCGGAACACGAUGAACAAGUCCAUCAGCGACCUGUACAAGACGCCCGACUCCAAGCUGCGGUGCCCAACGACAAGGGUUCCGAGAAAGCACGCAAGGACUCCCAAGAAGCCCAAGUCUAACGACGUUGACGCCGCCAUCCAAGACAACCUCAAGAAGCGCAUGGCCAAGGAGAAAGAGAUCGCUCUUAUUAACCCUACGGCUCGGUUCGCGGACCUGGGAGGGAUGGAAGGACCCCUGGAAGAGGUCUGCAACAUGCUCAUGCACCUGAAGCAUCCUGAGGUGUACAAGAAGUUGGGGGUCGUGCCGCCUCGGGGGUUUCUGUUGCACGGACCUCCCGGUAGCGGGAAGACCCUGCUGGCUCACGCCAUAGCGGGUGAGUUGGCUCCCAUGAUCCGCGUAGCGGCGCCCGAGAUCGUAGCUGGCGUAUCCGGAGAGUCGGAGGAACGCAUACGCGAGCUGUUCGACAGGGCCGUCAACAGCGCCCCGUGCAUCUUCUUCAUCGACGAGAUAGACGCUGUGACGCCCAAGCGCGAGACGGCGCAGCGCGAGAUGGAGCGACGCAUCGUCGCCCAGCUCCUCUCCAGUCUCGACGACCUGUCGCAACGAGAGCUGCCCGCAGAAGUCCUCGUCAUAGGAGCCACGAACAGACCCGACGCCCUGGACCCCGCCCUGAGGAGAGCCGGACGGUUCGACCGCGAGAUAUGCCUCGGCAUUCCGGACGAAGCAGCCCGCGAAAGGAUUCUCGCAGUACUCUGCCGGAAGCUGACGCUCGCACCGGAAGUCGAGCUGAGCGUAGUCGCCCACAAGACGCCAGGCUACGUCGGCGCCGACCUGAUGGCCCUGACUCGGGAGGCCACCAUGUCUGCGAUAAACAGAAUCUUUCGCGGUAUCGAGGAGAGCGUCAAGGCGACCGGGGAAGGACCGCGGAAUCGCCUCGACGUCGCCGUCUCCCUGCUGAAAGAAGUCCCUCCUCUGGACGACGAGCAGCUCAAGAACCUCUGCGUGGACGUCGCGGACUUCGAGAGCGCCCUUAAGCUGGUCCAGCCCUCGGCCAAGCGCGAAGGGUUCGCCACCGUACCGGACGUUACGUGGGAGGACGUGGGCGCCCUCUCUUCAAUCCGAGAAGCGCUUCAGGUCGCCAUCUUGGCUCCCGUGCGACAUCGGGACAAGUACGAGUCCCUGGGUCUUGUCACGCCGACGGGAAUCUUGCUGCACGGACCUCCGGGUUGCGGGAAGACCCUGUUAGCAAAAGCCAUCGCCAACGAGUCCGGAAUCAACUUCAUUUCCGUGAAGGGACCCGAGUUGCUCAACAUGUACGUGGGCGAGAGCGAGCGGGCCGUGCGACAGUGUUUCCAGAGGGCCCGCAACUCGGCUCCGUGCGUCAUCUUCUUCGACGAACUGGACGCCCUGUGUCCUCGACGUUCGGACUCGGCGGACGGUGGCUCAGCGUCGCGAGUUGUGAACCAACUCUUGACCGAGAUGGACGGCCUGGAACCCAGGAAGCAGGUGUUCGUUUUGGCCGCGACCAACAGGCCGGACAUAAUCGAUCCGGCCAUGUUACGACCGGGUCGUCUGGACGAAGUACUGUACGUCGGCCUGCCCAGUCCCGACGAGCGCGUGGAGAUCCUGAAGACGUUGACGAGAAAUGGAACGAGACCGCUUCUCGAGGAGACGGUCUCUCUCGAAAGCGUCGGCAAGGACCAGAGGUGCGAGGGAUUCUCAGGCGCCGACUUGGCGGCGCUCGUCCGCCAGGCGUCGGUGAUUGCGCUGACCAAGUACUUGAAGGACGGAGCUGAAGGCACGAUCCUGGUUGGCAGUGAACACUUCGACGCUGCUUUCGGAAAGGUGUCGGCUUCCAACAAGGGGCGUAAGACUUUCAAAAAGGUGGAAAAGGUUAAAGUGGCGUCUGAGAGUGUUGAAUGAGCAGCAGAGUUUCCAUAUUUAAUGUCUUCGAAACAUUCUUCUUUUUUUAAAAUGUUCUCACGUGACCCGAAUCAUUAUUGCUCCCUUGUUCAUUAUGAAUUACGUUGCUUGCUUAUGGAAAACUUACCACAGUUUCCUAUUUAUUUUCUUCAUUUGAAUAAAUAAAAGUUGUACAUACAUAUUGACACAUGUA